AUGCCAAAAUUAGAUCAGGAUGAAAUUAAGAAAUAUUGGAAAAUCUUCACAACUUUAAAACCUUCUGAUAAUAAAGUAAAUUAUGAUCAAGUCAAACCAAUCCUUUACAAUUCAAAACUAGAUACAUCAGUGACGAAUAAGAUUUGGUUUCUUGCCGAUAUUGAUGAUGAUGAUAAUUUAGAUUUCGAAGAAUUCGUCAUUUGUAUGAGGUUGUUAUUUGAUAUGGUUAAUAAAGUCACUACAGAGGUACCAAAGGAAUUACCAGAUUGGUUAGUACCAGGUAGUAAGACUAAAUUGUUAGAAGAAAGAAAGAAAAAUACUGAAAAGGAAAGAGAAAGUGAUCCAAAAGUUGAAGUUAAGCAAGUCAAUUGGAAUGUAACUGAUUUUCAAAAAAGUGAAUAUCAAUCCAUCUUAAAUUCUAUCUCUAAUAAUGAUCAAUUCACCUUCGCUUCUUUAUCUUUAAAUUUAAAAUCAAAAUUCUUUAAUCUGGCUAAUUCAGAUUAUGAUAAGAUGUGGCAGUUAGUUAAUCCAAAAAAUUUGCCUUCAGUUCAAAAAUAUCCUGCUUUUUAUUUCAUUCAUAUUUUAAAACAACGGAAUGAUUUAGGUUGUGAAUUACCAACUACAUUACCAAGUCAAUUGGCUGAAAUAUGUAGAAAUCAAGCUUCAACUCCAACAAAUCCAAAAUCAAUCCAAAAUAAUCCAAAACCAAGCACAACUUCUACUACAACUACAACUACAACUUCCUCUACCUCUACAUCUACUAUAAAUAAGACAAAUAUACCACCUGUCUCACCAACAAAUUAUAAUGGUAACACCGCCCUACUGAAAGAACAGUACGAAGGUUUACUUCGUUAUAAAAGACAAAUAGCAAAUGCUGUCCCCACUAAUUCAAGCGCUACUGUAAACGUUAGUGCUAUAAUGGAUGAUUUGAAAAGUAUGGAAGAACAAGUCGCUUCUUUGGAAGGCUUCUUGAAUAAUAGAAAGACUGAAUUACAAUCGAUUAAUGAUCAAGUUAAGACUUUUGAAAGAAAUUGA